AUGAUCAAGUUCCAACCCAUGGAUGGGUUACGCCCCAGGUUCUCCAAUUACGGUUUCUUUCUUUCUCGUACGAUGAGUUGGAACGAACCCUUGUCCUGCUCAAUCCGGUUCGCGGAGGAGAGAAAAGAGUGUUCGGGCCGAAGAGGUCAACUCGAGGCGAAAAACUCGGUUCGUGGAACGGUGGUCCGUCGAAAGGAAGCCCUGCCACAUACGCAUACACCACUCGGGACAAAAAUUGAAGUCGCUAGCCGGCUGUAA